AUGUCGUGCUUUCCCAAUUCUCGUUGCAAAGCCCGUAAUGCAUGGAUCAAAACUUGCGAUGAAGACUCAGAACCAGUCCGAAUCGCAUACAUUGACUGCGAGCCGGAGCCCCAUGUACUUUCAAAAGGCGUCUUACUUUUGAUUCACGGUUUCCCACAAACCUCUUACCAGUUUCGCCAUGUCAUACAGCCUUUUGCUGAUGAGGGCUUCCGAGUGAUUGCUCCGGACUACCGUGGAGCAGGACAGUCAUCCCACCCGUCUCGAGAUUUCCGGAAGUCAACGAUGGCCCGUGAUCUUUUUCUUCUCGUUCAUGACAAUCUUCUGCUGCAUUCAAAAGUUCAUUUGGUUGGUCAUGACAUCGGUGGCAUGAUAGCACAUGCGUAUGCCUCGCAGUACCCGGAGUACGUGGCAAGUAUUGUCUGGGGGGAAUGCCCGCUUCCAGGAACUUCCACCUACGAUGAAAACUUGAAAAUGCCAGAGCAGUUCCAUUUCAUGUUUCACCGUGCACCCGAUGACCUAGCUCUUUAUCUGGUCAGUGGAAAAGAGAGGGCCUACAUCAAAUAUUUCCUUUCAAAACAAACUUGCAACGCCCAGGCUAUAUUACCUGCCGAUCUAGAGUAUUAUACUUUGCAGUAUUCGAAGCCUGGGGCUCUGCGAUGUGCCUUUGAAGUCUAUCAAGCUUUUGAAGAAGAUUCCAGGGAGAAUAAAGAGAACUUGCGAAUUCAAGGCAAGUCUAUGCUGCCUGUACUUGUUCUAAGUGGCGCAGAGAGCCGGCAUGCUCUUGAAGCCAGCAGUAUGGUGAAUCAGGUAUAUGGAGGUUAUAUCCAGACAGAAAAUAUUGCAUCCUCUGGUCACUAUAUUGCGGAGGAAAACCCAGAGGAGUUUUUACGAGCAGUGCUAUGCUUUGUGAAUAAGUACUCAUUGCAGUAACGAAUACCACUCGUCUAAAUCUUCUAAUUUGAAAGUCAAUAUACUAUAGUGGUAUUGCUCCUAUAGUAUAGCCUAUGUAUGAAAAGGGUUAGCUUUUUUAAAAGCGACAAAAUCUUUCCUUAA